CCGCGCGCGACGGGUGUGUGAUGCGCGUUUAGACAACUGCUAAGCAUGGAGUCCGCCGUGGACUCAGCGUCGACCGCGAGUGAGGUGAGCGGCUCCUCCGGGGGCUCGCCGAGAGUGAAGGCGGCGUCGCCGGCGCGGGCCGUGAGCCCGCCGCAGCUGCUGCAGCACCGCUUGCCCCUGCCGCCACCGGGCUUGGGCUUGCUUGGCUCCCUGCAGAUGAUGCACCACUCCCCGCUAGAGCUGAUGGCGGCGGCCCAUCACCACGGGCCUCCGCGCUACGGGAGUCCGCCGCCCAUCUCCACCUCCGACCCUUCCGCGAACGAAUGCAAACUGGUCGACUACCGCGGGCAGAAAGUCGCGGCGUUCAUAAUCCAGGGAGAUACCAUGUUGUGUCUGCCGCAAGCGUUCGAACUAUUCUUAAAACACUUAGUGGGCGGUUUGCACACAGUGUACACGAAGCUAAAGAGACUGGACAUAGUGCCGCUGGUGUGCAAUGUGGAACAGGUGCGCAUCCUGCGUGGCCUGGGAGCCAUCCAGCCGGGCGUCAACCGCUGCAAGCUGCUCUCCUGCAAGGACUUCGACGUGUUGUACCGGGACUGCACCACCGCAAGGUGCCUGUCAAUGAAAGCGCCAGACAGCUCCAGACCGGGUCGACCACCGAAGCGAGCCUCCGGAGUCGGUCUCUCGUUAGCCGCCUCGCCCUUCCCUGGACAUCCCUUUAAGAAACACCGCCUAGAAAAUGGAGACUACUCGCCCUACGAAAACGGACACAUGAGUGAAAUGGCUCGAAUGGAGAAGUCGCCACUGCUGGCAAAUGGAUAUAACGCGCCACCAACGCACCUUGGGCCGAUGGGUUUUAUGCACCAACACGCGCUUAUGUCACCAGGCAUGCCUCAUCACGGUGUGCCUAGACCAGAUGGCUCUAUCAUCAAGGGCCAACCGAUGCACAAUAUGGAAGCACUAGCGAGAUCUGGUAUAUGGGAGAAUUGUAGAGCUGCCUACGAAGACAUUGUUAAACACCUGGAAAGGUUGCGCGAUGAACGGGGCGACAUCGAACGUGUUAUAGCUAUGGACAAGGCGCGUGAAGAUUCACACAACGGCUCUUCCCCCGGGCACAGUCCCGUGCUGAACCUCUCCAAGUCCGGGUCGGGCGAGCGCGAGCGAACAGAGCGCGAACGCGAGCGCGGCGAGCGGGGCGAGGGCUCGGCGAGCGGGCGCAGCUCAGCCGCGUCGCGCCGCUCGCCGCCGCGCCUGCCCUCCGCCGCCGCCGCCUCGCCGCGCUCGCACACCGACGACAGCGACGCCGCUCUCUCCGACCAGGACGACCACGUCAAGGACGAGGAUGAAGGCGGCGAGCUAAGCGACGGCGAGCGCGAGGCGGGCAGCCCGGCGGCGGCGGCGCGCUACGCGGCGGCGGCCGGCUCGCCGAGCGCGGCGCCCGACGCCAGCGCCGACACGCUCGUCUCCUCCACCGAGACGCUGCUGCGCAACAUACAGGGCCUGCUCAAGGUCGCCGCGGACAACGCGCGCCAGCAGGAGCGCCAGAUCAGCUACGAGAAAGCUGAAUUGAAGAUGGAUGUGCUAAGAGAGCGGGAGGUCAAAGACAACCUGGAGAGACAACUCCUUGACGAGCAGAAAAUGAGAGUUAUGUACCAAAAACGACUGAAAAAGGAAAGAAAACAACGACAACAAAUUCAAGAGCAAUUGGAAUUGGAACUGAAAAGACGGCAAAAAAUUGAAGAAGCGCUAAAACAAUCGGGGGCUCCCAGUGAAAUUCUUAGAAUAGUAACUGAGAACCUGUCGACGCCACAAGAGAGUCGGGAGAACGGGUCGGAGUGCAAGGCGUCGAGCGGCGCGGAGGCGAGCGCGGGGGCGGGCGCGGGAGCGGGCGCGGGCGCGGGCGCGGGGGCGGGGGCGGGAGCGUCGCCGCCGGCGCGCCGCUCGCCCGACAAGCCCGCCUGGGCCUACCCGCCGCCGCCCGUCGACAUCAUGCCCGCCGGCGCGGCCUUCUGGCAGAACUACUCCGAGUCGCUAGCGCAGGAGCUGGAGAUGGAGCGCAAGUCGCGGCAAGCGGCGCUGGAGCGCGACGUGAAGAGCCCGCUGUCGGAGCGCGCCGCCUAUUACAAGAACUCCGUGCUGUUCAGCUCCGCCACCUAGCCGGGCACCCCGCCCGCGCCGCCCGCGCCGCACGAGCAGCACACGCCGCACGAGCCGCGCCCGCCGCACGCGCCGCACACACCGCACGUGCAGCACGCGCCGCACGUGCAGCACAC